AUGGCGUCGUCUCCUUUCCGGUCUCUUGUCCGGCGGCAACUUCAAUUGGCAUUCCGACCACGGCACCAACUCCGUGCCCAGUCAUCUUCCUCAUCACCACAGUCAUCAUCACAGAUUCAGGAUAAAAUCUCAAAACAAAUACCAAGCAGCAGUCUGGCCGCAUCAGCAUCAGCAGUAGCAACAGCAACACAAAAUACAGUCAUUUCUCGUCCACUAUGGCAGCGCCUGGGUCCCGUAACUCGCGCGGCUCAGGCAUACGGCCGAUCUCAGAAAAAGAGGCCGUAUGUGACUCAGACGAUAACUUCAAUGUUCAUCUUCUUCUUUGCCGACUUGGGCGCCCAGAGCAUGAAUGAUGAUGAUUACGAUCCCUCACGAACAGUCCGAAAUAUCAUCAUCGGAGCCGGUACGGCUAUUCCCGCUUAUUCAUGGUUCAUGUUCCUUGCCAAAAAUUUUAAUUACACAUCUCGUGCACUCUCCCUAGGAGUCAAAAUAUUCAUUAAUCAGCUCAUUUUUGCCCCCGGCAUCAACAUCUACUUCUUCAGCAUGCAAGCCUUGCUCGCAGGUGACGGCAUCAGCGGCGCUGUUCAGCGCGUCCAAGAUACUUUGCUCACAAGCUGGAUUAAUUCCUGCAAGAUCUGGCCGUUUGUCAUGGCCUUUAGCCUCAGCUUUGUGCCGCUGGAGUAUCGAUCCCUCUUCACCGGCGCCAUUAACGUCUUCUGGCAAGGCUAUUUGAGCCUUUUGAACAGAUGGGCCGAGGCUCGCGAAGCUGAGGCUGCAGAGCCAUUAGUAGCUGCACCUAUUGCGCUUGUUGAGGCCGUAUGA